GUGUGUGCUAUCUUGAAGCAUUAUCAGCAGGGACAUAGGUGCCUGCAGUUUGUUUUGCGGUGGAGUUAAAAGCAACAUUUCACGUUUUCCAUUCUAUCAACUCUGGGAUCCAUCUUUUCAUCCCAGCACGCAUGGGAAUUUCGCUUAGCGGUUCCUGCAGCCAUUGUGGUAAUGCAGCUGACCACUCGUGCACAAACACAGACCUGACCUUGUGCUUCAACGUACAGUGCAGAUGAUCAGGCACCUUCUCCUCCGAGCUCUGUCCAGCACAAGAGCCGAACAAAAGUGUCACCCUUAAGUCAACUGUAACAUUUCAACCACACAGAACACAUCAGUCUUCAAGGCAGUUUCUCAUCCUGCUUGUUAUGAGGAGCAAAUAGUCCUGUGGACAGCUGAAGAAGCACCACAUACUUUUUAAAAAAUUGUGUAACAGGAGCUAUGAACUUACAGUAAUGACAAGGACAGGCUUACUGUAAUGAUUUCAGUUUUGGAAGUGGGGUGGUUGUGGGGAAUUCCCAGCCACGGGUAUCCUUUCCAAUUUCCUCUUUUGAGGGGUUUGAAUUGCUUAUAAAUAUCCUCCCUGAGUCUGAGAGCACACAAGACAAGCUCCCCUCCUUUGGCCUUGCCUUUCUGCAGUGCUCCGUGUCAGGCUUGGGCGGGGAACCAUGAGGCUCUGUGUCUGCCUCAUGUUGCUCUCCUUUAUUCUGUGCACAAGUGCUGAGAAGCCACUACUAGUCCGAGGUGGAAAAUUUGUCCGGGAUGCAGUGGGAGGGGCAUGGGAUAUGCUCAGAGCAUACCAGGACAUGCGCGAGGCAAAUUAUAAAGGGGCCGACAAAUAUUUCCAUGCUCGUGGGAAUUAUGAUGCUGCCCAAAGAGGACCUGGCGGUGCUUGGGCAGCCAAAGUGAUCAGCGAUGCCCGGGAAAAAUGGCAAAGCGACGUGAGUGGCAGAGGCGCGGAAGACACCCGAGCUGACCAAGAGGCGAAUGAGUGGGGCAGAAGCGGCGGGGAUCCCAACCGCUACAGACCUGCGGGCCUCCCCAGCAAAUACUAGCACUGCCCCCCGGGAGGCCAUCUCUGCUCCCCUGUUACACCUCCUCUGUGCAGCCCAAUAAAGAAAUCCUCCCGUAAA